UCAAACAUAAUGCUCAAAAUUAAUUUACAAUUUUUGUUCUUCAAUUAUGUUGUUUUUGUCUUGGCUGAAGAUUACGAAAGUGAUGACAAAUUAUACAUGCUGGUAUCCCAAGACCAGCAUCAGCGCACUCCUCGGCUGGAAGACUUCUUCUGGACAGGGUCAGGAGAUGGACCCCCCCCACCUCCAGAUCCACCCCUGCCGGCACCAGUUCAGCCCUCAACCCCUGUUGUACGAACCACGACUGUACUCGCUACCGUGUAUCUGGACUCUUAUCCGCCUCAAGCGGUGACAGAUAAGGCUACGGGGGAGUGCAUGCUCAAUUGUGGCGACGCUGGUGUGCCAGGUAGCCUGGAGCCCGAGAUCCCCGAUGACCGAAGGUACUGGCUCCUCACUGUCAUUCAGGGAUCCACUCCAGAUAGCCUGCAAUUGAGACUCGCUAGGUUGUACCAGAAAGCCUUCUUGAGACAACAAGAGCGACAUCUGGGUAUUAUCAAGUCUCUCGACGCGCCUCCUGCUCGAAAGAAACACGAUGUUCAUUCCUUCGUAGUUAAUAAAGACAAUAAUGUUAGUCCUGUAGGCCCACAGAAUACCAACACACCUUUCAAAUACCUUGAUGUAGAUAGUUCUAUGGUUUCUGCGGCGUCAGUAGCUAAAAAGGAAAACUCAAGUAGCAAUGUUCUAGAUUCUUCUAGUGAUUUCGUCUAUCCCGCAAACGUAGAAAUGUUUUCUAUAGACUCUAACACUAUUUCAUUGAAUGCAGAAAUAAAAGCAACAAAACUGAACGAAGUAGAAUCAUGGAUACUAGCUACACCAACCGUGAUUAUUCAUAAAAGGGAAGUAACUGAUAGGGAACCGUUUGAAGAGUUUAGAGAGGAUUCUAUUGAUAUACCUUUGGAAUCAGAAUCUGAUGGCAAUGAAACGACGUUGUUUAAGCGGGAAAUAUUGAGUCCUGAGCAGCAACCACCAGUGCAAGUUCAUAUUCAGAACAUAACUGAGUCUUCAGAUACAGGUAGUAUUCAGAUAGUCUACGUGGUGCUAGUUGGUGGAAGGGCAGUGCCAGCUGCGGUGGCUGCCAGGGAUAUGAGGCUUGUCAGAGACGCUGAGGUUGCCAGAGAAUUGGGAGCUGUUGUUACUACUAAAGCUGAGCCAGCGUACCUGAAAACAGCGGAGGGUUUGGAAGGCGAGGCGGGGGGCGGAGUACACGGGACUGAACUGUGGGCGUUAGCAGUGGGUGCUACUAUAGCAAUCCUGUUGUUGCUUGUAUUGUUGGCACUGCUGUGUUUUGCUCACAGAAAAAAAGCAAUGAAGUCUGCCGCAUCGAUGAGAGCAUACAGAAACGAACUCAUGAGGGAAGCUGAGAGGAAUCAGCUAAAACAAGUGCACGAAGAAAAAGAUGGCAAACUAAUCAGUGUUGUAUCUCCGAGUAGAACAAGACCGAGUAGCACACUCCUGCCGAUUUAUAGAGCUGCCAGUGCUGCAAGCAGUUCAUCAACAACAUCAUCUGGGGUAUCGGAGGUGGCUACAGCAUUCCGUCGCAGGCAGAAGAAACCACAUGCUCUCCGAAUGCCGCAGAAGAAAAGAGUGGGUACAACAGACAGCUUACUAGAAGCCGCUGGACUGGACAGCUCAGACAGUGGCCAACCUUCAGCACCACCAACACCUACCUCGUAUCUCUCCAUGCCUUCAGUCAACGCUUUCCCCAGAGGCAACGUAGUAGAGCCUCUAUCCCGUAUAUUAGAACCAGUAUCAGUCCGGCACCUCGAUCUGGACUCCCCACCUUCGUCUCCUAAGAAGACCAAGCCAGAGCCUGUGAAAAGCAAGGAUGUGGUCCCUCGGAGACAGAUGGCCUCGCAACUAGUACGGCUCGGCAGCAUUGAUAAGGACCCUGGAGUUAUUGGGCCUUUGGUCUGGGACCUACACUGCCAGAGGAUUAAGGAUGCUUCAAAACCUUCAAGUCCAGCGCAGUCAACAGCCUCAGCACGCAAGGACCCUGGUCCCUCUCGCAUGCGGCAACGCUUCAACGAGCUGAUGGACGAUGCGUUCACACUCUUCGGCAGCGUGGGUUCUAGUCCCAACUCACACGACACUUACACUGUUGAGGAGAAGGAUUCUAGGGAUAAGGAUAAGAAACCAGAUUCAACUGAGCAAGUGACGCAGGCGCGUAACGACAACGUACGUCUUCCCGGCUCGCCGUACACUGCCAUGGACACGUUGAGGGGAAGAUCUGCGGGGCCCGGCAGAGCUGGCCCCAGCACUUCAAGCCCAGUACAGCAGGAAGGAGGUCGGCCUCGCACGUCGUUCACAAGGACUGCGGCCGAGAGGAGAGUGCCUCCGCCUGCCAGGGCCUGGGGACACACGCCGCCUCAGUCCCUAGGUGCGCGGCCUACGGUCAACCCGGCCUUAAUAACUACUGAAGGCAGAUUACCGCCCGAGGACCCUGCAAUACCACUUAUAUCAGCCAUUAAGACAGAAAUACAACGCAUCAAGGAAACUGCCAGCAAACCUAAUACUUAGCCAAAAUCAUGUUCUUGAAUGUAAGGAACGUCAGUUAGGAAAAAUAAUUGUUAAGAGUUUUUUAAGGGUUAAGGACAUUCGUAAUUAUAAGUCAAAUGUUUACAUGUUUAUUCAGUUGUAUAGAUUUUGAACCUACAAGACGUUUUUUAUGAGUGAAUUUUUUUCAAUGAUUUUGUUGGCAGGUUUGUUAUUUUCAUGAAUAAUCGCUGUGUAUUUAAACGGAUAUACGAUAAGAUUGAAGUUCAAUGAAAGUAUUAUUGAUAAUGGUAGGUAUUUUAAGUCUGUUAAUAAUUUACUUAUAAUGAACAUAGAUAUUAAUCACGAAUCUCAAAGAUUUUUAUUUACAUUUUUAUUGUUGUAAUGGUUUUUACGAAAAUUGAUUUUGAUUGUUUAAAUAUUAAUCUUAUUUUAUCAUGGUUACAGUUGCAAAUAAUGUCUAUUUUAUGUAUUUCUCAAGGUAGAACUCUUCCAUAUAUUAGAGUGUUGUUUCUUUUUGACUCUAAAACGAAAUUUAGACAUAGCUAAUUUCACUUUCAUAAGUAAGGUAAAGAAACAUAAAUAUGUAUGAAUAAUGUUUGAUGGCAAUUUUGUAGUU